UGUAAUUAUAUAUAGGGCUUUAAUGUUUUUUUAAUAUAUUCUUAAUUAUAUUUUUAUCACUUACUAAACCUAAUACUAUAUUUGAUGUAUUUAUUACAUUCAAUUAAAAACAUUUGUAAGUAAAACAUUCGACCAGUGGUUCAACAUACAAUUACAUAAUUUGCAAUAGUAAAAUGAUUUGACCAGCAAUUCAACCGGUUGAACCAUGAACUAGUUGCUUUACCGGUACACUCACCGGUUGUAUUUUUAAAACAUGGUCUAUUUCUUAUAGCACUUCCUCAUGGGCAUGCAACUACGUACAAAAGCAUCACAAUAUUUCCUCACCAAACUUUUAUAAGUAUUUAUUGGAUAGUAGUAUGAUUUAGUAAUUAAGUGGAAUGCUGGUCGACGUAGCUUUUCAUGGAAAUCCACCUCCUCCGCCUGAACCUCCACCAAAACCGCCGCCAGAGCCACCGCCGCCGCCAAGACCGCCUCCUCCACCCGAACCUCCACCAAAACCACCACCUGAGCCUCCUCCUCCACCAAAGCCGCCACCCGAGCCUCCACCAAAUCCACCACCCGAACCUCCACCCCCUCCAAGACCACCUCCUCCACCCGAACCUCCGCCAAACCCGCCACCCGAGCCUCCACCCCCUCCAAGACCGCCUCCUCCACCCGAACCUCCGCCAAAUCCACCACCCGAGCCUCCACCUCCGCCAAGACCGCCUCCUCCUCCCGAGCCUCCACCAAAUCCUCCACCCGAGCCUCCACCUCCGCCAAGGCCUCCCCCUCCACCCGAACCUCCGCCAAACCCGCCACCCGAGCCUCCACCUCCGCCAUAACCACCGCCUCUGCCGUAUCGGCCGCCGCCGAACUUCUCAUCAUUGUAAGAACCCUCGGAUUCAUCGGCAAGCAUGCGAGCAUUGGUGGCGCAGAAAACUAGGGCACUCAGAAACAAAACAAGAAGAAGCUUCGUAGCCAUGUUGUUUUA